GUUGAUACUACUGACCCGUUUACUCGAAUCAACUUGUUUUAUCUGUGCCCAGUGACAUUUGUGGAAUUCGCGCCAUAUAGUUGAGAUGAUACGUCGACAAUUUGCCACCAAAACUUAAGUUCGAAGACUGACAAGGAAAACGACGAAAUAACUGGCACACUUUCAAUACUAAAAUAAUAAGGCACAACAGAAAAUGAAAUUAAUAAGCGCAUGCCCAACUGGACACAGUAACACACUGUGUUUUUGAACAGUUAUUUAAAUGAGACAAAACAAUUUCAUAUGUUAUUAGUAAUGGUCUGACAAUGGCAAGACGAGAUCGAAACGGUUGGGCGUAUGGAGGAGACGACAGUUUUCGAAUUCAAUCGAUAAUAGCGAAAAUAUUUAUAUUAAUAUUAAUUAGUUAUGUUUUAGUCACUGAAUGUAGUAAUAAUGGAACUGAAGACAUCACAAGAUUAAACAGCGAAAUACCUGAGAAACUGAAAAUAUUAGAGGCAUUCACGGGCAGAGGAUUCUUUAGUGAUGUGUAUCAAAAUGGGACGUUUAGGACUGGUAACAGUUUGUGGGAUAACUUGUUGAAUAAGUGCUCGUUAAAACCAUCAGUGAGUUGCUUACAAAAGAAUUUUUAUUCGUAUUUAGAUGACAGUUUAGAUUUAAAUGGUGAUAUAAGUGUAGCAAGUGGAGUUAAUUUUAAAAAGAACAAUGUGGACAUGAAUAAAUAUAGUAAAGAAGCGAACGUUAUCUACCUCACCGGCAGUAAGGAUAAGGAUAAAUACGAAAGAUCCUUUGAAGAAGAAAAUGAGAUCAAUGAUGAUGAGGAAUCUGAAACACCAUUUGAAGAAGUGACAGAUGCUCUCUAUAAAAAGGGGGUUAAGUUUCUCAUGACACAUGACAUGAAGGUAACGUUACCGGAGAUGCUGUUUGACGGUGCCACUCUGAAGGUAUCACCACGCGCUCUAACCAAGACUGGUGCAUUGGUGCACAUCGAUUUGGAGCCAAGUGACAAUCAUGUGGGACAUGGAAGGAUAUUCUUUCAUAAAAUUAAAAAGUACAUCAAAAAGAAAUUGGUUAUGGCAGCACUCGCGAUAAUUUUGGUGGUAAAACUGAUAGCAUUGAAACUAAUAUUCGUCUUGCCUAUAAUACUUGGAGUGACCACAGCCAAGAAGAUGUUCCUAAAGAUUCUACUCUUCCUAUUCCCUGCUCUGAGUCAUAUAUUCAAGCUGUGCUCGUGGUACCAUCAGAACUAUCACACAACGAAGUAUCAUCACCACCACCAUUUGAUAACGCAUCACCACAAGGUACCACAUUCACACCACCCUCACGUAUAUGGACCUCCACCGCACGGUUCAGUGGUAGUGAAGCAGCACGCGGACAGCCCACCAGCGUCAUUUGACCACUACCCUCAAGAUUGGGAGCUGUCUGGACCAGGUCUUGGGAGCGAAUAUCUGUCAGACAUUCACCGCAAUGCUAUAGCCACUUUCAAGCCAAACGAAAAUGACGCGAACGAUAUCAACUCAUGGGGACUCGGUCUUCCACCAGGACCAUCUUUGAACGUCGGAGAGUACGCCAGCGGAAACACUCUUGUUCCACAUACGGUGCCGGGCCCAAACCACAAUACUGGGCCAAAGAUAUUGAUGACGGGUAAUCCGGGAAGGCCCGUGGGUCCACCGAAUCCAUAUUAUCGAAAUAAAAAAGUAGGCGUUCGGGAUCCAGUACAGUUGGAAAAGGAAUCUUUGAUAAGAGCUGCAUCCUUAGCAGCCAAAGCGCCUCCAUCGCCAGUUAGAGAUGAACUGCUGCGUGUUUCCGCGGCCAAACUCUCCGAGAGCAACCGGGUGAAGGCGGAGACUGAGCUGGUUAGACAACAGCAAGAGAUCUUGGCUGCACAGGAUCCAGAUUCAAUAGCUGCGGAGAAGUUCUACGGGACUCUGCUGGAGAGAGUAGAUAUAAUUCUUGGAUCUAUUGGCGCUAAGGACAUAGGCUGCAAAGAGAGAGCUGUAUGCUCGUUGUACAAGGAUCCUUUCAAGCAUGCACCAUACAGCAAUCUAGUGUCUAACGAGCUCAGCAAAGACUCCAACGAGCUGGUACCGCCAGCCGACAGCACGAUGGCGUUGCGGUACUUCAGAUACGUGCAAGCAGCUAGGGACGGCCAGGAGUCCAAAGACUGUGUCCUCCUCUACCCCAAUUGUAACGUUGAUUACAAUAAAUAAACAUAUAAAUGGCGAAUGAAAGCGCCACGCCGUAAUGUCACCUCGUGAUACGCUUGUGUCAUUUUACAUUUACUGAACGGCUAGCAUGGGCAGGA